GUCCGAAACAAAUUAUUUUACAACUCGCACAAAAUAAUCCGAAAUAAAUCACGUAUACCAUAUUGAGCGCUUUGUUUAUCGCCUUGAGCCGCUCAUCAUCCAAGCUCAAGCUUAUAUAUGGUUGGCAAAUCCAAAAAGCCCAAGGUCUCGCUGCCGGAAAUUCCAUGGAGCGAGAAUAACCAUUCGCGAGUGUGGAAACUCAUCACGGAACUCGGCCAAAAAGCAAAUUACAAGGUGUUGUUUGGAAAGAAAGACCAACACGAGAACACCUCUGAUGGUCCUCGAUUAAUCCUAGAAUCACUUUAAAUACUUCCGGAGAGACUCAGAGCAUAUUGAUGAAGCGUUGGUGAUUGGCAGGGCUGUUUGCCCAUUCCCAUGUAAGGUGUAAACUGCCAGAUGAUUUGAGAACAGGGGGACGAGAAUAGAGGUAGCGAGUUUGUUGUAUGGCUAUGAUGCAAUUUAUGUCUAUAUUAAGCUCUUGUGCUAGGUCCUCUGGUGUUCAUGCAGGUUGGAAGAGUGCUCGAAAGGCCAUAAAAG